CGCCGCCAACACAGCCGUCGCCGCCAUGCUUCCUCACAUGACGUGGGUCCUCGCCUGCUUCCUCCUUGCCCUCAGCCUGGGUUCCUGCGCAGCCGAGGAAGAAGACAGGGAUGCCCUUCAGACCAGGGCUUCAGGACCGCCCUCUCGCCCUGAUGCUGAGGAGGACGGCUCGCUCUCCGCCCACCACCUGAGGAAGAGGUUCAUUUGGACGUUAACUCAGGAGCCCUAUUUCUACGGCAAGUAUGACCACAGUGACCACGAAGGCAACCGAGGCCAGGCAGGAGGAAUGACCGAAACGGGCUCAGAGACACUGCCCCAGACCAUGGCGCUCCGGAACCCCACCUCGCUUCACAAACGACUGUACCCACGCUGGUAUCAAGCCUACGUGUACAAGACCCCGAGCUUCAACAGAGUGGCAACCCCCAUCGGCGGAAGCAAGAGGUUCCAGCCGCUGCACCCCCUGGCCAGGUUCAGGGGCCUCGCCAUGGGAAGCAGCCCCGGGUACUCAGCAGGAUACCACAUCCCCUCUGACUUCCCCCUCUCGGACCAGCCUGGCCACCCCGUGCCCUCAGCCCCCAAUGCCCAGCCUUCCCUGCCCUACGACGACGACGUGAACGAGGAAGGCCUGGACGCUGCCGGGGACGACGCAGAUAAGAUAAGCGCCGGGGACCUCCUCCGCUUCCUGAAGAACAUCGCCAGCGACAGGGGCCUUUCGAGUCACACCAAGAGCUUCAGGUACGGCAUCAGCAAGAGGAAAUAAAGAAGAG